AUGGCGAAAUUCUUGGAAAAUCUUGAAACCAAGAAUAUUGUUCUAAUACACGGAGAAGGAUUUGGGGCAUGGUGUUGGUACAAAACUAUUGCUCUGCUAGAGGAAUCAGGAAUGAUACCCACGGCCUUGUAUCUUACCGGAUCGGGUAUCGAUUUGAAAGACACAAACAACAUCACUACGCUUGAGGAAUAUCCAAAACCGCUAGUCGAUUAUUUGCAAGACCUGCAAGAGAUGAGAAGUAGGACACAGUAGUGGUGGUGCUUGUGUUUCUUAUGCAAUGGAGCAAUUUCCACAAAAGAUUUCGAAAGCCGUGUUUUUAUGCGGUACUAUGGUAUUAAUGGACAAAAGCCCUUUGAUGUGUUUGCUGAA